CGUUUUCAGUCAUCCACACUAUCAGGAAAACGCGGCGUUUUCAAACUUCUCCGUCCUCUGGAGCGUUUUCAAACUUAUUCGUUUUCGGUGCCCUAAAACGCUGUGUAGUGUGGACGCUCAGUGCAAACGCAGAAAAAGAUAUGCGGAUUCAUUUGAAAACGGUUUAGUGUGGACGUGGCCUUAGUUAGUCACUAAGUUGGCUACUUAGUGAGUUAGUUGGAAAGCUAGUUACUUAGUCACUUAGUUAGUUAGGGACUUACUAAGGGUAACACAUCCAGCGAGUGUGUGAUGUUUCUUUGCGACUCCUGUGUGUGUGCGUUUUUACUGUAUCGGCAACUAACAUUCAUUCAUUCCAAACUUAAAUUCCCCCAAUGUACUUGACAAGACAAACUGUUGAAAGUGAGCACAAACAGAGGGAGGUGGGAUAACGUGAAGUGGCGGCAAAGAGAUCUCCCUCCGCUGCCCAGUGGUUCCUCCCCCUUCACAAGACGCACCUCCACUCCCAGUCACACACAGCGUCUCUCUCACACAGCAGCACUCACACUGGGACAUUCACAGUCAAAGCAGACGUCUGAGGCUCUCCUCAACUGAGUUGCUGACUUUACCGUGUCUGAAGGGGAAGAAGGGAGAGGAAAAGAGGAGGAGAAGAGAAAUAUCAGAAAGCUGAUCUGGUGAAGGAGUGAGAGGAGCAGCUGGAAAGAGUGAGGCAGAGACAGUGAGUGGCACAGACAGACACCAGAGGAGUAGGGUGUAUCUACUUUUCCUCACACAAGGAGCUGACUCAAAAACAGCUGGUGCCAUUUGUUCCAGUGACGCGCUGACAAUACAGUAACCAAGCGGAGGACGAGGGAAAAGGAAGUGGAUUUCUCAGGAGAGAAGUACGUAGGAGCAUCUCGACUUGUUUGAGCUGAAUGGGGGAUACUCAGCUUUACCUGGAGCUACCUGUGGCCUGAUCACUAUGAGGGAGCGGAGCUUCUGCUUCUCACAGUGGAGGAAGUUCAGCAACAGAGCAAGUACAGCUGCUGAGGAACCUGACAAAGGCCUACUGGACUUUGGAACAUCAAUAGGAAUAGAAUCUAGUCAAUAGGACAAGAGGAAGGAAAGAGGACACGAAUGAGGCGAGACAAUAUCAAAUAGAAGGUUAGAUAGAUGAAAGGAGAAGGUGAGAAGUGAAGCUUGAGAGUGACAGGAGGCAGAGAUGAAAUAACAUACAUACUCAGAAAAAGGUAAGAUAGAAGAUACGUGCUGUCAGUGUUUGGAGAUCAGCAGAAAUAAGCAGCAGUCGCCAUGUUCAUGAACUUCCGUCGUAUCCGCAAGUGCCAGUGCAUUCAGCUGCUGACCACAGGUCUGGUGCUUUGUAUGGUGAUGGUCUGCUGGGAGGACCUGGACCACCACGUUGUCAGCCACAUGAGAUCCUACACUUACCGCUACCUGGUCAACAGCUACGACUUUCUCAAUUCCUCCUUUGCCCUCAGCUCCAAGCAACACAACAGGAAGGAUGGUUAUGAUGUGGACGUUGGGUUAGUGAGCUAUCCAUACCUCAUCAACCACCCGGGCAAAUGUGGAGGUGGUAGCAGAGAUUGGAAAAGCCGGGAUGAUGUCCUCCUGCUUCUGUUUGUGAAAUCCUCGCCGGAGAACUCGGAGCGCCGCCAGGCCAUCAGGGACACAUGGGGGAACGAGAGCUUUGCUUGGUCAGAACUGGGGGCGAGCGUGAGGCUGGUGUUCGCCCUGGGCGUGCACCCGGAUGUCGGGCGGAGAUCCAGGGUGCAGAGCGCGCUCCUGCAAGAGGACAAGGUCUACGGCGACCUGAUCCAGCAGGACUUUUUGGACACCUUCCACAACCUGACUUCCAAACUGAUCCUGCAGUUCCAGUGGGGCCACGAGUACUGCCGCCAGGCACGCUUCCUCAUGUCUGCGGAUGAUGACAUCUUCGUACACAUGCCAAAUUUGGUGAAGUACCUGCAGCAGCUCCUGAGUAGACAAUCAGAGGCCAAAGACCUUUGGGUAGGACAUGUACACAGAGGGGCCCCUCCAGUUCGCCGUAAAGCCAGCAAAUACCACGUUUCUUAUGAUCUGUACCCCUGGUCCUCCUACCCAGACUAUACUGCUGGAGCAGGGUAUGUGGUUUCAGGGGAUGUGGCCGCCAAGAUCUACCAUGCAACUCGGUUGCUGAACUCCUCCAUGUACAUCGACGACGUCUUCAUGGGGAUUUGUGCCAAGGCUAUGGGGGUCUCUCCCCAGGAGCACGUGUACUUUUCAGGGGAGGGCAAGACUCCGUACCAUCCCUGCAUCUAUAAUCACAUGAUCACUUCACACGGUCACGCCUCAGACGUGCGCUCACUAUGGCAGGAAGCAACAGACCCUACAGUGUACGGCAACUCCAGGGGAAUUAUGAGUAAUAUGUACUGUGCGGCAGUGAGAGUGGCGCUGCUGUGUCUGCCAUAUUACCAGAACACCUACUCCUGUAUGGCUGCAUUCACAUGAUUGGGUAAAGGGGGAAAGGGUUUCCCACUUGAGGGGGGGGCCCUUUCCCACUUGAGGUAACGCAAGUACUGCUGGAUGCUAAGUGUACCCCGAUAACAAAUGAUGGCACUGGACACAAACAGUCUGCCAUGUUUUUCCUUUUUUCACUGUUUGCUGGUUAUACUAGGUAUUUGCCCUCUUGUAAAUAAAGAUGAAAGCUGUUCUGUUAAGCAAACAAAUGAACUCCGUUGUUCUUUAGUCAUCAGAUGGAUUUUCACUUUGUUUAAUCUAGAGAGAAAAGAUUGGUAGAACCUGUCCCAGUUCUGUUUACAUGAGGGCUUUUUGUCUCUGUUAUUCACUUGGCAACUAUUGAAAGGCAUUAGCCCUGUCCUGAGAGUCUAAUAUAUCAUCUAAACUAGCUGUUUAAUAUGAUGAAUUCUGGUGUCUCUGAGGCAGUUGACAAAGAUUGUUCUGCAUACCUGUCCCAAUGUUAUAUCUGAAUGCACUUCUCAAGGUUUGAAGAGACAUAAUCCAGAAGGUUCAAGUACAAUAACCAUUUUAUUUUAUGUAUGUCAAUUAGAGCUGAAGCAAUUAGCAGAUUAAUCAAUUAACCGACUGAAAGGGAAUUGUAACAUCUUGUAUUGUAACCAACCAUUAAUUUCAGUCACUUUUCAAACAAAGAUGGGAAAGAAAUAAUG